CGCUCAGAAUCUGCACUGCACUUUCUAUAGUGAAGUCGACGGAGUCUCCGCCAGUGUAAUAGCGACCGAACUGCGCGCUGCAAAACUAUAUAUAUACACACAUGCAUACCUGUUUAUACUUCUAAAACAGGAAUUCAAGUUAGUUGGUGGUUUUGGUUUUUUUUUUUUUUUUGGUAUUUAUAUUACCGUAUAUAUUAUAUUGAAAGGAAAACCUGUGGCGUUUUUGCCCCAGAUAAUACACGUAUAUAUUUAUUAGAAAGGAUAUAUUUAUAUUUAAAUUUAUAUACUCUCAAUCAUGGCUGACGAGACGACGGGAGAAAGCAGCGGACUGGAGAAGUUUCAGAGUUAUGUGACGACCCGAAAAGGAAUGAUACUGGCCGCGGAAAUCCUCCUGUGUCUCGUGAUCCUGAUCUGCUACGCUGCCUCUCUCUACGGGGGUUACGUGGUCGUGGCGAUCUGUGAGCUGGUCUUCGCCGUGGUCCUUCUCGUGGUCUUCGCGCUGCGCCUUGACCAGCAGUUCAAAGUGGUCAGCUGGGUCUGGAGUGAUUUUUUGCGAGCAUUGAUUGGUGCUCUGCUCUUCCUCAUCACUUCUCUGCUCUCUUUGAUUGGUGGAGGUGACGGAGCCAGAAUAGCAGGAGGGGUGUUUGGUCUGCUCGCUACAGUUCUCUUCUCCUAUGAUUCAUACCUCAGCCUCCUCUCCAUCAAGAGCUCCAAAGCUGCAGCUACUGAAACCACUGAUGGAGUUUAAACUGCGCCCCCCCCCCCCCUCGCCCAAGAUCUGAGCAGGAGAGGAGAGGAAGAUUCUGCAGGAGGGAUAGAGAAUAUAAAAAAAAAAGAAGACACAAGCUGGUUGCAGAAAGAACGAACGAACAAACGAACGAACGAAAGAAAGAAAAAGGAAAUGCAAUAAUAUACAGGGACACUCCCUGUCCUCUCUGCUCUCUUGAAUGGACAGAAAAUUGAAACCAGAACAACAAACAAUUACUGUCUGGCCUCCAUCCUCCCUCCCUCUCCCUUCUUAUUCCCAUCCUCCCUCCCUCUCCCUUCUUAUUCCCAUCCUCCCUCCCUCUCCCUCCUUAUUCCCAUCCUCCCUCCCUCUCCCUUCUUAUUCCCAUCCUCCCUCCCUCUCCCUCCUUAUUCCCCUCCUCCCCUCCUCCCUCCCUCCCUCUCCUUAUUCCCAUCCUCCCUCCCUCUCCCUCCUUAUUCCCAUCCUCCCUCCCUCUCCCUUCUUAUUCCCAUCCUCCCUCCCUCUCCCUUCUUAUUCCCAUCCUCCCUCCCUCUCCCUUCUUAUUCCCAUCCUCCCUCCCUCUCCCUUCUUAUUCCCAUCCUCCCUCCCUCUCCCUUCUUAUUCCCAUCCUCCCUCCCUCUCCCUUCUUAUUCCCAUCCUCCCUCCCUCUCCCUUCUUAUUCCCAUCCUCCCUCCCUCCCUCCCUCUCCCUUCUUAUUCCCAUCCUCCCUCCCUCUCCCUUCUUAUUCCCAUCCUCCCUCCCUCCCUCCCUCCCUCUCCCUUCUUAUUCCCAUCCUCCCUCCCUCUCCCUUCUUAUUCCCAUCCUCCCUCUCUCUGCCUCCCCUCACUUUUAUAUAUAAUACAAUUCACUUUAAAAGUAUUUAAAGGAGCUAUAUAUAUAUAUAUAUAUAUAUAUAUAUAUAUAUAUAUACACAUACAUACAUACACACACAAAUAGACAAUUUAUAUAUACAUAUACAAAAUAAUAGACAGGGUUCAGUGAGUUACAGGACAAUAAUUCCAUCCAGGGAUUCUGUGACGUCAUAAACUAGGAGAGCGAAGGCGGAGCUUCUAAACUGUCACAGAACCCCGAGAUGGAAUUGUUUUCCUGUGACUCGCUGAAGAGGCCCGUCUGUUAUUUUUUAUAAUCCACGGAUACCCUUGUGAUGCUGAUAUUAAAGACGACGAGGUUCCAGCAGCACAGCUGGAUUAUUAUCAUGUUUUUUUAAUUCUGUUUUUCAGUGCUGUGCAUGUCAUGCGUUUAGUUUCUCUGAGAUACGAAUAUACCAGAUUUUUUUUUUUUUUUUAAAAACAUAUUCUCAUUUUGUUGCUCGUUAAUGAAUAUUUCUGUACUGCGGGUGUUGUCGAGUGAUUGAAAUCGAGACCGUUUGUGUUUGAAUUGAAAGUGAUGGAGUCGAAUGGGUCAAAGGUCAAGUGUAUUUUCCUUUCUGUGGUAUCACUUUCUUUCGAAUGGCUCAGGAUGCAAAUAUAGCCUUCAUCCAUGUACUAUACAUACAUACACACACACACACACACAGAUACAUACAUACAUACAGCUAUGGCCCAAACUUUUGCAUCACCUAUAUGAACAUAAUUUAGAUAUUUUAUUUAACAUCAUGUAAUCAAAGAGAAACUACAAAAUGA